AUGUUCAACCCUCGAUUUCUCAUCAUCAGCCUGGGGAAUCCACUGCCAAAGUACGAGAGCCUACACUCAGCCGGCCAUUUCGUCCUCAAUGGCCUCACAAAAGUACUCCACCAGCCGGACUUUCGCGAGGUGACGCUGGGCAAGCAGUACUGCAUGGUGUCCCAGGGCCCGAAAUACACACUCGUGCAGUCUCCGACGUAUAUGAACGUCUCUGGAGGCUUCGUGGCCAGUGCAUGGCAGGAGCUUGUUCGGAAAUACGGCGCUGAGUCACUCAGCCUGGUGAUUGUUCACGACGAGCUGGAGAAGGAUUUUGGGGUGGUCAAGCUGCUUCCCUGGGACCGCAGUCCUCGGGGCCACAACGGAGUCAAGAGCGUGAGGGCAUCGGUGUCACCAAAAAAGUAUCCGGAAUCGCCAUUUGCUCGGAUUGCCGUCGGCAUUGGGCGACCCGAGGCACGGGAUGCGGCCACCGUGAGCCGCUACGUGCUCCACAAGAUCUCUCGUGAGCACCGGACGGCUCUGGAAGAAGAGGCUCCCUGGGAAGUCGCCAAAUGUCUGAUGGAUCUGGAGAAGCAGUGGAGGGAGGACGUCCAGGGCAGUUCAGGAGGCAACACCGGGCCAUGA